AUGGUGAAUCCAGCUAUUGCCGUUCCGGCCGUCAGCGCUCUGGUCUACCGGGCCUGGUCCCGCAAGACACUGACUCCUGCGGGGAUUCUGGCAGCCUUCCUCACUGCUGUUGUCCACGUUCUCCAUCCAUGGAUAGCGCCUUUCUUGCUUCUGGCAGUGUUCUAUCUUGCUGGUAGUCGAGCGACAAAGGUCAAACAUGACAUCAAAGCGCAGUUGACGUUAUCAGCCUCUGGAGCUGCGGGCGGCGAAGGCGCUCGUACGCAUAUACAAGUUUUCGCAAACUCGAUCGUGGCCACGGUCCUCAUCGCAUUACAUACCUACUUGAUCUGGAACCAGAGACGAUACUCGACAACCUGUUUUGCUCAGGGUGCGGACAUUGGCGACAUUCUGAUCGUGGGAAUCAUUGCAAACUACGCGGCCGUCGCAGCAGAUACAUUCUCCUCCGAACUCGGCAUUCUGUCCAAAACACCACCUCGUCUCAUCACCUCCCCAACCCUACGAGUAGUGCCUCCCGGUACCAAUGGCGGUGUCACCCUAGCCGGACUUUUAGCCGGUGUCCUCGGCGCGUUUCUCAUUGCCGUAACAUCGGUACUAUUCGUUCCUUUCUGUGCCGAAUCAUGGUCCCUCUUUGAACGGGGCCUGUUUGUCGUCGCGGUCACUGUAUGCGGCACACUGGGUAGUCUUCUCGACAGUCUCCUUGGCGGACUACUCCAAGCCAGUGUUGUCGAUAAGCGGAGCGGAAAAGUCGUCGAAGGAAGCGGUGGUCGCAAGGUCCUGAUUCAGCCUGGAUCAACUACAUCCUCUGUAGCAACAGGAAGUGACGCAAGGAAAUACAAUAGCGAUAUCCACGCGACGGAAUCAGUUGCCAACGCCGUCAGUAGCAGGGUAACACGCGGGGGCGGUACGUCUACGGAAACGGUCGGUGCAGAAGACGGGGCGCAUGGAAGUCGAAAGGUUGAGAGUGGUUAUGAUAUUCUCGACAAUAAUGCCGUGAAUGUCCUGAUGGCUGCCUUGAUGAGUGUGGGCGCGAUGGCUUUUGCAAGCUACUACUGGAACAUACCUUUGAACAUUGCGGAGGUUUUUGCAUGA